CGCGUUUAAUCUACGCAGCGGUCAAUUUGUUGGGCUGCUAGCAACGAGGGGGACCUGGAGUACUGUCUGAAAGGGAACAAGGCGCGGUCGCCAGCCGCCAGCCGCCAGGGCGCAAGGGACAGAGAUGGUCGGAGAAAAAUCCUCCCUACGUGGAGGGGAUAACAGACUUAGAUACUGCCUGUUGAUUCACAGUGCUCGUCAGUAAUAAACGCGUCGUAUGGCGAACCGGAUCACAGAAAGACGCGCGUGCAGUGUCAGAGUUCUUAAGUUCAACGUAUGCCAUCAUCUUUCUCUCUUAUAUCUAGAAUUAAUGCCAACGUCGUUGAAAGAAGACGCUGUAACUUCGGCAGCUUAUUGAAUACAUACAAACGUUAUUGGAAAACUAAUUUACAUCAAGAAACUCUAAAGCGCGAAAGACUGACUAGAGACACGAAGGAGUGAGAGAAGGGAUUAACGAAAAGGCCGUACGCUCGAGUUCAGAGUGCACAUGCUGAAGAGAGGAGGAUCGGUGCACGCGGAGAUACAAGCGUCACUAUGAGGCCGUGGAUGAGCAAGUCGCUUAGCUUUGGAAUUUUAGGGCUCUUUCUGGUGGCCCUCGGCAACUCCCUCUGCUUCCUAUGGCCGACAAUUUUUGAUCAGAUUCUUCGAAAAGAAUUGGCGCUCUCACCGACUUCUAAGAGUUUCCAGGUAUGGAAGGACACCAGCAACAUAUCACCAAUAUUUAUGAAAAUAUAUUUAUUUAACUGGACUAAUCCGGAGGAAUUAAGGCUAAAGAAACCGCAAUUCACUCAAGUUGGGCCUUACUACUUUAAGGAAGUAAGGCAAAAGGACUACAUCAAGUUUAAUCAUGAGAACAACACUGUCAGCUAUAGGCAACGACGAUUAUGGUAUUUCGAUGAGAAGCAGAGCAAUGGGAGUCUUAGCGACAUCAUUACCAAUUUGGACGUCGUCAUUGCGUCAGGAGUGUACACAAUUCGAUACUGGGAUCUCGAGUGGCAGAAAUCACUGUCCUUCCUCUUGAGCAGUACCAGCCGACGGUAUUACACUAGUAAAACAGUAGGUGAACUGCUGUUUACAGGCUACAGCGACAGCCUGCUCACCAUGAGCAAAGUUAUGCCGGUGAAUGAUGCUCCGCCUUUCGAUCGUUUCGGCUGGUUUUACAUGAGGAACGGCAGCUACGACAUGGACGGGCACUUAAAUGUGGAAACGGGUGAGAAUGACAUCAGCCAGUUGGGAAUCUUGAGAAAGUGGAACUAUAGAGAUACGUUGAAAUUCUACAAGAGUCCUUGUAACGUUAUUGAAGGCAGCGCGGGAGAAUUUUGGCCACCCGGCAGAACGAAAGAUGAGAUUACUUUGUUCAGCGUAGACGUAUGCCGUCCAUUAAUCUACGAAUACGAGGGAACGGUUUCUCAUUUCGGCAUCGAGGGUUAUCGAUAUAUCAUCGAUAAGAAGACUCUCGGUAACAACACGAGACGACGUUAUCCUCACGAGCAGGCGAAAUUUUUCGAGCCGACCACCACAACCGAGGACUUCUUCGCAGCCGAGCAUUUGUCUGAGAUGGGAUUCAGCACGACCACCGAAAACGUGGCUUCCGACAACGGUCGCUCGUCCGAAAAGAGCUCGGACGAAUACUCGGACGACGAUCCGGAUGUCAUUAACUUGGGUCAUUGCUUCUGCGGUGGCGAGUGCACGCCGUUGGGUCUAAUAAACGUGUCCAUGUGCCGUUUCGGUGCGCCGGUCUUCGUAAGUCUACCUCAUUUCAACAAGGCUGAUCCUGUGCUUCUCGACCAAGUCGAGGGACUGCAGCCCAACGAGAAGGAUCACAGCUUCUCCAUCACCCUCGAACCCAUGACGGGAAUUCCUCUAGACGUAUCGGCUAGAUUCCAAAUUAAUGUUCUUAUGCAGCCAUCGGAGACUGUGUCGGUGUUUAACGAUGUGCCUAAGAUCUACAUGCCGAUAUUUUGGUUCGAGCUAAAGGUACAAGUUAACGAGGAGAUGGCAUCAAAUUUAAGCCUGUUACUAGCAUUUCCAAUCGUGAUGCUAAGUAUAGGCAUAAUUAUGAUAACUAUCGGAUUAUGCUUAAUCGGUAUCGUAACGUUCCUUUAUUUCAAGAAGAAACGACAUGUACCUCCAGCGGAUACCGCGUCGGAAAAAGCAGUAGACGAAUCGCCUGACAAGAAGACGGAAAUGGUGUACAUGGAUAAGACGAGUACCAAUGAAGACCCCAACGUCAGAGGCGAUCGCCGUUUGUACGCGAAACUCUACUGAAUGUCUCUCUACAGACAGAACUUCGUCUCUGGAAUAAAUGGUGUGAAGAAGUGUGCACACACAAUUGUGGAGCAAUUUUGAAACAUAAAAAGAUUGCGAAGACGUUAGUAAAGUAAAUUUUUGUGCGUCUCAGUUUUACUGUAACGGGUGGGCGCACUAAAAUUUCUAAAAUAUAUGUAUCUUAGUGAAAUAUGCACGUCGACAGAAUGUUUUAUGUGUGCAUGGUCGUAUGUAUAGAUUCACGUGAAAUUUUUCUAUAUGCACACAUAUGUUAAUGUAUGAUCUGCAAAAAUCUAAAUAACUGCAAAAAAACGCAAAAAAAAAACAAAAAAUAAAAACAAGGUUAUUUACGAUAAUAUCAAAUAUUAUCGUGCAUGUACAUACGGAUUAGCAUAUCGUAAACGGUAUUUUCUCAUGUAAAUGCAUUUACGCAAAAAAAUUAUAACUUCAAUCAAUGUGUUAAUAUGUUCAAUCAACAUUAAUAGGAAUCGGUAAUAAUAGAUUCCUAAUAAAUGUACAAAUGAUAUGUAAUUUUUUUUAUUCGUUUAAUUGAGAUGUAAAUCUUUCAGACAUAUGUGUAUAUAUGUCUUUAAUAUUUUGAGUGAAACGUCUUAAAGCAAAUAUGAAUAGAAUAAUUCUUCGAACAAAAAGAGAUCUCAAAGAGUACAGAAAGUGAAAGUGAUGUAAAUUUGACGUCAUAUUGACCAAUUUAUGUCAUUUUUUGGUCAAUAUGACGUCAAAUUGACAUCGUUUUGACUUUUCUGAUCUACUUGAGAUAUUACGCAUCGUAUAAGUCGCGUAUAUUUCUUCGCAAAAAGGAAAAACUGAAUAUUUUUUUUUUUUUUAGAUCUUAUUCGCAUUGCGAAUAAUAGACCACUCAUCGUGAUUGUUACAUUCCUACGUAAUAGAUUGAAUGAUAUUAUCGUGUUUAUAAAAUAUCAGUUUGGCAUGUUAAGACUGACGAAAUCGCGCGCGCGCCAAUUGUGUAGUGAAGUUUUUAGUUAUUUUCUUCUCUCGAUUCAAUAGACUAUUUCUAAACACAUACAAUUAAAAGACGAAAUUGCAAAUCAGAUUGCAAAUUUUGGUUUAAUUCGGCUGUUCUGCUAAUUUAUUGCAAUAUUGAGAAGCCGAAAUUGCCUCGAUCACGUACUGUAAAUAAGUUAUUCUGUAGACAAUUAUAAACUGUUGUAUACUAUCUGUGCCAAAAUAUACCAUUAACGCCGUGAUUGAAUGCAAACAAACGGAAAGAUGAAAGAAAAGGUACAAACAGAUUUACAAUGUUAAGCAUGCGGUAUUGCGAUAAAUCUGAAUUUAUGCUUUGCUCGAACAUAGUAAAAUGUGAAUUGUAUCUCUAUUAAAUUUAGAUUUUUAGAUAUUAAUAUUUAAGGCGCACGAUCUACACAAUAUAUACAACGAAUUACGUCAAUAUUUAAGUAUAUAGAUGUACAAAAAAAAAAUAUAUAUAUAUAUAUAAUACAUAAUAUAUAUAUAUAUAUUAUUGUAGAUGUAAUGUGCAUAAUACGCUAUUCUUGUACCGCAGAAUAUCGGUGAUGUGUUUUGAUAUAAUUGUUAUCGUGCGGAUUCGCUAUUCUAUUUAGAUAGGUAUUUUAGACGUUGUGGUGCAACGCAACCCAGACAGCACGCAUGUCCAAAAGCUUUGAGACGUCUUAUGUCCCGAUUUUGGACAUGGUGCUGUCUGGGAAUUUUUCGAGAUAAUGUUAUUCGAGAUUACGGCUUCCUCAUAUGAAGCACAGAUAUAGUGGAAUGAAUGUAAAUGUAGUCUCGUCUGUAAAAUUAGUAGAAUCCACCGAAUAUGUUAUAUAUUGUUAGCAAUUUUUAUAACUGUUACCAUUGCGCAACAUAAACCGCAGUCCAAAAUUACGUAUGUUAUUAUAAUUGUUCUUCCUGCGAUGCAAAAUAAGUUAUAUGACAAAAUUUGUGAUAUACUCGAAGUUACCUUAUUUUGUAUUUGUACAAACAAAAACAGCCGUUUAUAAGUGCCAAUUAUGUUUAGGCUAAGCAUUAUAUGUAUCCAACCUAAGACUCGACACAUUCGAUGUUCUCAAUAUUAAUGUAACUUUAAACAAAUGCAGUCAUGUGGAAUGUGAAAGUAUAUUGUAUAUAUGUUUCAUGUCCAAAUAUAUCGGCCGUGUUUCACACACUAGGCAAUUUUAUAUUGUA